UGCCGGGAAGUGAAGCAACGAACAGUGGGAAGGAAGGAAAGAGAGCAGAGCAGACUUUGAGCAGGAGUGAAGCAAUGAAUACCACUAAAGUUGCGGUGGUGGGAAGCGGAAUUUCAGGAGCAGUGUCAUCAACUCUCGCCAGAAAUGGAGUGUCUGUAACUUUGUUCGAGUCUGCCAGAGGCCCCGGCGGCCGCAUGUCUCAAAGAAGAGAAGUUGUUGAAGAUGAGAAGGAGCUAUUGUUUGACCAUGGUGCUCCAUUUUUCAAUGCCAACAAAACCGAGGUUCUCGGUCUUGUUCAUGAAUGGGAAUCAAAGGGUCUUGUUGCUUGCUGGAAAGAGAAAUUUGGCUUCUUUGAUUGCAUUUCCAACAAAUUUUUUGAUCUCGAACAGGAAGGAUUAAUAAGUAAGAGAUAUGUGGGUAUCCCAGGCAUGAAUUCUAUAUGCAGAGCAUUAAGCCAGGAGCCCGGAGUGGAAAGUAAGUUUGGGGCGAGUGUUGGGAAAUUGGAGUGGCUAGAGGAUGAAAAUUUGUGGUCAUUGAUAGGUUUAGAUGGGCAAAAUCUUGGCCAGUUUAAGGGAGUGGUUGCAACAGACAAAAACCUAGUUUCGCCCAGGUUUACAAGUGUUACAGGAAGACAACCACCUCUUGAUUUAAAUUUAAUUCCAGAGUUGGCGGUUAAGUUAAAUGAUAUUCCUGUCCAUCCAUGCUUUGCUCUCAUGAUAGCAUUUUCAGAGCCUGUGUCAUCAAUACCCUUCAAAGGUUUCUCAAUAAAAGGUUCUGAAGUCUUAAGCUGGGCUCAUUGCGACAGCAGCAAGCCUGGCCGUUCUGCCUCUAGCGAGCGAUGGGUUUUGCAUUCAACAAUGGAGUAUGCUCAGAGUGUAAUUGCUCAAACUGGACUUCAGAAACUUUCGAAUGCAACAUUGACAAAAGUGGCUGAAGAACUAUUCCAAGAAUUUCAAAGCAUGGGACUUAAUAUUCCACACCCCUUUUUCAAGAAAGCUCAUAGAUGGGGAAGUGCUUUUCCAGCCGCAAGCGUAGCCAGAGACCAGAAAUGCCUUUGGGAUAAAAACAAGAGGCUUGCCAUCUGUGGAGAUUUCUGUGUUAGUCCUAAUGUUGAAGGUGCUAUAGCUAGCGGAAUAGCUGCUGCUUCAAAACUCACAGAGAUCCUCAGCUGCUUAUGAUAAUUAUCAUUAGUGUUAUUAUUUUAACCAGUAAUUUGCUUUCUUUUCUUCUGUAUUUGGUUCUUAGUACUGAAGUCUGUAACAACUUGGCUCGACUCUACUAAGAAAAUAAUCUCAAAUUUAUAAGCAAAUGUGUUGUUCAUUAUUCACUAUCAAUUAUGAUGUUAUAAACCAUAUAUGAAGAAAUUCCAUUUCAUUUCAAGUUC